AUGUCACGCAGAUACGAUUCCAGGACAACCAUCUUCUCCCCGGAAGGGCGACUGUACCAGGUCGAGUAUGCGCUUGAAGCUAUCUCGCACGCCGGUACCGCCCUCGGUAUUCUGGCGAAGGAUGGAAUCGUCCUUGCUGCAGAAAAGAAGGUGACUAGCAAGCUGCUAGAGCAGGACACGUCUGCGGAGAAACUCUACACACUGAACGACAACAUGAUCUGUGCCGUUGCUGGUAUGACAGCCGACGCCAACAUCCUCAUCAACUACGCCCGACAAGCCGCCCAGCGAUAUCUUCUUACCUACAACGAAGAAAUCCCCUGCGAACAGCUGGUUCGUCGUCUGUGCGAUCUGAAGCAAGGAUAUACCCAGCAUGGUGGUCUGCGUCCGUUCGGUGUGUCGUUCAUCUACGCCGGGUACGACCCCCUUCGGCAGUUCCAGUUGUACCAGAGCAACCCCAGUGGUAACUACGGCGGUUGGAAGGCAACCAGCGUUGGUGCAAACAACGCCAGUGCCCAGAGUCUGUUGAAACAAGAUUACAAGGAGGACUGCGAUCUGAAGGAGGCUUGUGCUAUGGCCGUCAAGGUUCUGAGCAAGACGAUGGAUUCGACGAAACUCAGCAGCGAAAAGAUCGAAUUCGCAACGGUGGGCAAGACCCCGGAAGGGAAGAUCUUCCACCAUCUGUGGAACGCCGACGAGAUCAAUGCCCUCCUAAAGGAACAUGGAUUGGCCAAGGUUGACGACGAGCCAGAGGCUGGUGAUAUCAAAUAA